UUCAGAAAAACGGGAACACGUCCGCAACUCCGCAUCAGUUGCAGCUGCAGUAUCAGUCUUGACCUUUCUGAGGUUCGCCGCCUCGUCGGUGGUUUCAUGGUACCGGUUGUCAAUUGUCAUCCGGCGUCCGCACUGGCUCUCAUACUCUCUCCUCUCUCUAUGUAGAAAACGCGAAGCAAGAGAGGGACCCACAAUACCGGAAUUUCGAGUUUCUUCUACUGUGUUUUUUCUUUAAAACAAAAAGGAGUGGAAAACAGAGAGAGAGACAGAGAUGGAGGGGAGCUAAAAAGUUGUUAAAAGCGUGGCUUAUGACUUCAUUUCGUCGGUUUUGUUAAUUUCCUUUCCUCCUCUCCCACCCCUUUCUCUCUGCGGAGUCCGUAAUACUUUCUUCUGUUCUCUUCUUACGCUUACUAAGGAGUAUAAAAAGAGCUGGGCAACUUUACCAGUAAAGCUGUUUCUCCCUUUUUCUUCCUUAUUACCUUUUUCAGUUCUCUCUUUCUCAGAGAGUGAAGGCUAAAAGUGAGUUCCAUUUUCUGGGAGAGGUCGAGUUUGCAUGGUGGAUGGAGGUUCUUGAGUUUCACAAUGCGCUUUGACUGAAAAGACCAGGGUUGAGCAUAUUUAGACACUGUAUGUGCUUUCUUUGGUUGGAUUGCGAAAAUGGAUCAAACAUCUGCCAAUCCACGUAAAGAUGAACAUGGGAAGGAAGAAUUUCCUUUUACACAUGAAAAGGACAUGAAGUUAGUAGUAGAGAAUAGUAAUUCAGAGUUUACUGAACCUAACCACAAGAGAUCCUUAGAAAGGUUGAAACCAGACCAGAUGCUAACUUCAGGAAUCAAACAAUCUCACACAGGUGAAAGAUGUAUACAUGAAUCAUUCUUUCAGAGUCAACUGAGUACUGAUGUUAAGAUUCUAAAACAAAUGCAUUUUGGAAGUCUCAAAGAGAUACAUGUCCGGCAUGGCUUGGAUUUUGCAGAUGUUAGAGAAUCUAAACCUCUAAGUGUAGCAUGCCACUCGGUGCCCCCAUGCAAUAUUGCUGUAAAUCUGAGUUCCUCUAAGAUGGAAAUUCUGUUUGAUGCCUUGUCACCAGUUAAAAGCACAAGAAGAAAUGGAAGUGAUUGGGGUAGUUUUAUUAUUGAAUGCCCAUCCGCUGCUGAACAGGGGAAUUUAGUUAUAAGUUCCGUUGGGCAGUGGAUUGUAGGUGCCAUCUCAGGGAACACCAAGAUAAGUGGCAUCCUGAAGAGUCCAUUAUUAUAUAAUUUAGGAGCCUUAAAUCAUGACAUCAACUUAGAGAAGGUGGGUUCAACCGGAGUAAAAGGAAAAAAAUAUUCUGGUUUCAUGAGAUCACCUUCUAGGCUGAGUAUCAAUCUAUCCCAGAACCUAGAAAGAGGAGUAGUACUUCAUGGAAAUGAAAAAUAUGAAUCAGGAGCUAUCCAUAAAACGCCUGAAUCUGUGUCAUGUUCAAACUCAGCAUGCUCCAAUCAAUCUUCUCCAUCCACUUGUAGCACUCUUUCUCAGGGAAGGCUUCAUUGCAUAUGGAAAAAUGGAGUUCCUUACUUUGUGUUCUCAGUAGAUGAUCAAAGGGAGGUUUAUGUUGCCAACAUGUGGAAAGUUGAAUCAUCAGAUGAUAAGGCUCUGGAUUAUAUGUAUACUUUCCAUUCAAGAACAGGUGGACAAGAGAAACAGGGUGAUUCAAAUAAUGUAUCAGAUAUUGUUGGUAAGAUGAAAGUUUCAAGUUCUUUCAGCCUUUGCUCAAACGAUUUAAAGCUCACGGAGACUGAAUUUGUUUUGUUUGGUACUAGUGAAAACCAUUUGGGGGAGAUGCCAAGUUCAACUCCUAUUCGUAAGAAUAACAGCAGGCUGCCAAAGAAGGUUGUAAAUGAUUUUAGGACAAUUAACACUACCAAGAAUUGGUCUAUCCCAGGAUUUGGUGUACCAAGCUCCAUGCUUGAAGACUUAUCUUCAGAGCCUUAUCAAGAUAUGUUCCGAAAUCUUGAUGCACCAAGUAGGAUUAACUUGCUUGAAGGCCAUCUUUUACCAAAUCUUGAAUUGGCUGCCAUUGUUGUGAGAAGCUAUGUGCAUGAUGAUUGUCAAGACACAACAGUUGGAGGGUGGGGCUUGAAAUUUCUCAACAAAGUUGAGGCUCAGCAGAAUAAUACUUUUCUAGAAGCGACUGUUUCUUCAGAAGACGGCCAGGAAAGUUUAUUGCAAAAUGAAAAUGAUUGUUCUACAAGUAUUGAUGUUCUAGUCCCAGCAGGCAUUCAUGAUGGCCCAAGGACAAGAAUUGGUGGCCCUUCUAGUCUUAGUGAAAGAUGGAGGUCUGGUGGACACUGUGACUGUGGUGGCUGGGAUAUUGGGUGUCCUCUCACAGUGCUUAAUUGUAGACCGACCAAAGAAGUUUCACAUAGACCAGAUGCAAAAGAGGAAUGCAAAACAUUGAAUCUGUUCAUCAAGGGUUCAAAGCAAGGUGCGCCCACCCUAAGAAUGGUGAAUAUCCAUGAUGGUCUCUAUUUUAUUCAUUUCCAAUCAACUCUUUCUGCUCUCCAGUCUUUCUCCGUAGGAGUGGCAAUUAUUCACUCACAGAGUCCCAAUCUGUCUCCAAAAAUGUACAAAUGAUGAAGCAGUAGAAGUUAUGGUUGGUAGUUUCAUAAUUGUAGCUCUCUCUCUCUGUGUGUACUUAAUAGUUACAGUAUAUAGUACAGCAAUACAGAAUGUCCAAGGAAAAUUAGUUGUGCAAAAGUUGAUGCUUAUUGCUACUUGUAGUUCUUAGUACUC